UUCAUAAUAUCCAGUAUUCAAUAUAAAAUAUUGUAGACAUUCCGAAUAUUUCAAUCAAACUCCAAUAUUUUCGGACUAGACUAGAGUAGACAAACUAAACGAGAUUUAAGACAUGGUGUUCCACAAAGCCCAGUACUUGUCCUUCUCCAAUUCGAUUACUGACAUCCAAGGGUUCAAUUUUUGGGAUGAAGAGUGCAUCACUUCUAUCAUUCAAUACGAAUGAAUGAACAUAAAUGAAUAAUCAAAAUUCGUCGAAGGACGGAAACCAAAUUACUUCGAUAACAAGUUUCCUGGCUGAUUCUAUCUGAAAUUGGUCACUUCCGAGCAGCUCAGCGAAAUCUACAUUCGGGAAAUAUUCGAAUUUUCCAAUCUUAUCUUCGAAUUCAUUGAUUUUUCCUCUCACAAAUUUAUAAAUGCCAGGUUGUGGUCGGUUAGUGAUAAAUAUGCCUAAAUGCAUGGCCUCGAUAUGAAAAUUUUCGUCGGGAUCAUUUUCCUCUUCUUGUUCUUCGGUUUUUCCAGACAGGAUGUUGAGUCUUCGGAACUUGAGGUUGGUUCGAGGCCAAACUAUACCUCGAUCGACCUCAACGUCACUUACAAGAGUUAUGGAAACCACAAAGAAACUCAUGGUGUGUUCAUGAAAGGAUACUACAAGUUCGUCAACUCUUUCGUGAAUCUUAUACUACCAGAUGCUCUCCCCGAUGGGCUAUUCGUCAUACCAAUUGGCGAAACUCUUGUAUCCCAUUUUGGAACUUGUGUUUGGGCCUAUAGAAGACUUCUAAUCUUCGUGACUAUCUUGAUGGUCCAAGUCGUCUUCCUCAUCAUCAGCAGCUCUAGGAUAAUAUGCUCUUGCCUUUGUUCCAACUCAAAAUGUUCGAAAAUAUCUUCAUCUAGAUCAAAAAGUAGCUCUAACAAAUGGAUGUGGCUAUCUUGGGUUUAUGGAACACUAUCACUCCUACUAUUAAUGUUGGUUAUGGCUAACCAGAGCAACCAACAUAUGAAUCAAGGAAUUGACACUGUAGUUUUGACUUUGGAUGAUACAAUGGAUGAUAUUGCUACAUACGCAGAGACCACAGUGAACCAAUUGCAGAUUUUACUUGUCACCAACUUGCAGGAUUACUUGAACUUCUUCAUAAUUAGUGGGACAAAAGCUACAGCGAACAUUAUAGUUGAUCUAGGAAAAGCCAUUCAAGCUCUGGAUUUUUCCAAAAUGAUCGAUGACAUCAUUGAUAGUUUUAAAAUAAUCAAACCAAUCUUUGAAGAGAUAGAAUCGAUUCUAACUGAGGUGGAAAACCUGGGCAAAACCAUAAACAAAGAAAUCACUCACCUCAAGAAUAUAGUGGAAAAAAUGAUUUGUAAUAAUAAGGAUUGUGAGAAACUCAAAAGUUUGGUUACAUCUUUAGAAUUGGUUUAUGAUGGAGGUGUUGAGCUUGCCAAUGAAACAUUAACUGGGUUAGAAGAUAUGGCAAAUUUAGGCAAGAAAACAGUAAAUGAAGGAAUCAACGUGGUAGGCAAUAUAACUUCUUCUAUUGGAGGAGAAGUAAUCAAAGAAGGAAAAGAUCUAGGAAAGAUAACAGCUGGUAUAGCUGGAAACGUUGUCAAAGAUCUGGAGAAAACUGGAAAAGACAUAAAAAAUCUUACAGGAACUAUAGUUAAUGAUGUUGCUGGUGGAUUGGUGAAAGACAUUAAGAAUGGCGGAAAAGCUGUUGAAGAUGUGGCAGGUAAGGUUGCUACUGGUAUUGACAAGGUAGCUGGAGGUGUAGGAGAUGAAGUUGAAGAUACUAUCAACGAUGUUGGUGACAUGGCCUUAGGAUCGGGUGAUAAAAAGAAAAAAUCUAAAAGUAUAAUCGGUAAUGUUGUCAAUGAAAUCGAUAGUGGAAUUGACGACGUAUUUUCCUCGGGAAAAAAGAAAAAGCCUGCUAAAAUUGCUACCACUACAGUCCAGCCAGUAAAGAAAAAAGAAGAAGUCCUAACAGUCACUAUACCUGAAGUGGUAGAUAAUGCCAAAAAUACAUCAACCAGCAUUAUCGAAACAUUUGGACUUCCAGAGAAAAAAGACAAGAUUAAAGAAUCAACUAUGGAUUUAACAUUUGAAGUUCCUGCUCCAAAGAAAAAAGAAAAUCUUGUAGAAUCAACCAUAGAUUUGAGAUUUGGAGAUCCUUCUUCAAAGAAAAAAGACAAAAUUGAAGAAUCAACCAUGGACUUAACUUCCUUUUUGUCUGACAGUAAAAAUAAUAAAGUUAAUGGUGCAGUAACACCCAAAAAGCUAGAUGCAACCGCAAAAACAACUACCAACAUAGCAACCACAACUGAAGGCAUAUUGGGAGGCUUCGGUUUGAACAAAAUUACACUGCGACUAGCACCAACUACACCCAAACCUAAGAAGAAGAAGAAAGAAAAGGGCUUGCUCGACACCAUAGCUUCAGGAGUGUCAAGAGGUGUAGACAAAGUGGAUCACUUGGCUAAUGAAGUAUCUGGAGGUAUUGAUGACGCUGCGAAUGAUUUAAUUGGUGGAUUUAGAAAGAAGCGAAAUUCUGAAAUUAAGAGUCGUAAACUUGAAAAUGUGGCCAAUAGAGUAUCUGAAAUAACUGGAGAAGGAAGCUUACAAGACCCAACAUUCAGAAAUAAGAGAGGAAUCGACUUCAAUUUAGGUUUGAAAGAAGAAUUUGAUAUGAUCUUCACCACAAUCGAUACAAUUGAAAAGUAUAUAACAAGUGAUCUGAAAAAAUUGAAUAACGUCAACGUACUAUUUUCACCACUCUUUAAAGAGAUUGAGAAUGUCAUAAAGGAGGUUUUGGUCGAGGUUGAAAAGGAAUUGAAAGAAGCUGCUGAACCUAUUGAAAAAUUGUUCAAUUCAACCUUAGAUAAGAUUGUUACUGUUGAGACUUCAAUAUUAAACGCUACAAACGUUUUGAGAGAUGCACAGAGCGUCAUCAGUGCGUUUGAAGUUUUUAGAUACCAUGCAAGCAACUUUGUCACAACAGCUUUGCUUAUUUCUUUCUGUUUCUUACUUCUCGGUGUUUGUAUGAGGAUGGUUUUCAACAAUGAUUUCACAAGAUGUACCUAUAAAUGGGGUUUUAUAUUCCUUCAUGUCACAGCAUUGUUGAUGGCUGUCACCUCAGUGGUCUAUAUUGGAGCUGGUGUAACAUCACAAAAGAUUUUGUGUGAUACCUUGGAUACUAACCAUAGGGAGAACAACAUAAUGAAAAUCUUGAGCAGUAUAAAUCCUGCUAAGUUUGGCUUGUUCCUGGAUUUCAACGUACAUAAAGUUAUAAUUAGGUGUCACCAGGACCAGAGUCUGUACGAGGUCACCAAUCUUAAGUCGAUAUUGAACAUUGAGAAGAUAGCUGUUGAAUUCUUUGACCAAAAAUCAAUUGAAAAAGAAUUUGAUUCACUUCUAGGUCUACAGCUGAAUUUCUCCAAGUUUUUACCACUGGAUAUAAUUCAUACAUUCGAUAAAGAGCUGAGUUUUGAAGCAUUCGAUAAGAUGUUGAACCUGCCUAUUUUCGCUCAAAUAGAUACUUUAGAAAAGGAAUUCAUAGAUAUACCAGUUGUUGGGGAUGUGAUCAAAACAAUUGGAAGUUCAAUCGACAUUUAUAAAGACAAAAUUACAAAACUAAAGGCACCUGUGAAAUCAGCUAAAGAAGGUUUUCCAUCUUUUCUAUCAAGUCUUGACAAAAUGUUAAAAGGUAUUGAAAAUAUGAUCUUAGAAAUUGGAAGGGUAGCUAUAGGGACUGUAGAGAGAGUGGUCCUCCAAUUCAAGAAUAUACUGGUAAAUUCCCUUAUGGAUUACGUUAACAACCGUUUGAUAUACUCUAUUCAACACAAAGUGGGUAAAUGUAAACCUAUCAGUGCAGCUUUCAAUUCUACUCUAAAUUCAGUUUGCAGUAAAAUAACAACACCAGCUAAUGGGCAUUGGUUCAGUUUAGAUGUUGCCGUUUUGGUGGCAAUCCUUCUCAUUCUUACUUCUAGAAUUGUCUUUAACCAAUUGAGCGGAGGACUAAAAAAUGAUGAGAAUGAGGAACAAAUCGAGUUGAAAUGUAUUGGAAUGCAAGAUGCAGCUGAUAAAGUGGAGAAACAAACAACAGCUUAGUGAAACAUUUCUGCGACGUCAAUCGAAGUUUCAUAAAUCUCUGUAUAUAAUAAAGAAUCUCAAACAGUAAUAACAAUAAAUUUAUUGAACAAUAGAACACAUUUCCUAAAA